AACCCUCUGACGUGAGUAGAGAGAUGGUGUUCGAAUUCAGCAGAAAACUCCACGGAUUCGAGAUUAUUGAAUGUGGCGCCAAGAUCUUGACCGAAGAGGAGAGCAUGGAAGGUAGCUAUGAACCCAGCGAAGAAGUCAUUGUAGAUGAAACUAAUAUUGAUGAUCUUUCAUCCAAAGAAGUCGAGAAACGCACAGAUUGUUGGAGUUGGCUCUUCCUCUGCUUCGGUCUCUCGGUUUCGGGAAAGGAGACGAUAGAAUCCGAGGGAGUUUUGUAUGCUAAUUUGCCACAACAUCCCUUGAUCGAGAGUGUUCCGAAUCUUGCAGUGGACCGCCUCGUUUUUAGAGAGGGAGAGGAGGUUGGUGACAGAGAUGGUUACCAAGGAGGUCCUAGAUCAGGUGGAGAUGUGGUGACAAGAGUGGAGCUCCUGCUGAUUACCAGCCUGCUUUCAGGGUAUAGUCAGCGUUCUUUGGUACUUGUUCUGUGUUUCGUGUCAUCUAGAAAGGAACUCCUUAAUGGUAUUAAGAAUUUGAAGGAAGAGUAUGGAUUGUUUGUUUGGCCUUGUAGCGUUAUCCUCGCUGAGUAUGUUUGGCAACAGAGAUCUCGAUUUCGCCAUUCUUCGGUUCUUGAGCUAGGGGCUGGUACUUCCUUGCCUGGUUUAGUAGCUGCAAAGGUUGGGGCUAAUGUCACACUUACUGAUGAUGCAAGUAAACCAGAGGUUCUGGACAAUAUGAGAAGAGUCUGUGAACUUAACAAGCUAAACUGUAAUGUGAUGGGUUUCACCUGGGGAGUGUGGGAUGCACCAAUAUUUGACCUGCGACCUAACAUUAUACUUGGGGCUGAUGUUUUAUAUGAUUCAAGUGCAUUUGAUGAUCUCUUUGCGACUGUCUCAUUUCUUCUCCAAAGUUCUCCUGAUGCAGUUUUUAUUACCACAUAUCAUAACAGGAGUGGGCAUCAUCUAAUCGAGUUCCUGAUGGUAAAAUGGGGACUAAAGUGCGUUAAACUUCUAGAUGGCUUCUCAUUCUUGCCCUCCCACAAGGCUUCUGUACUUAGUGGAAACAUUCAGUUGGUUGAGAUCGUAUUGAGUUCCAAUAAUCAGCAGCUUUAGACUGUAACAACCAUCUAAGUGGAUAAUACCACGGAUCAAAGAGGUAUAACAUUUACUUCAUUGUAAGAUAAUCCAUAGUUACUCACUAUAGAAAGUGAUAAGCAGAAGCCCUGGACAGGGGAGCUUAGUUUAAUCAAACUCAUAUCCUUAG